UUGGGCACCCGUCAUUGGGCCCCCCGUCAUUGGACUAGAAAGGACGCACGCUAAAGCAGGAUAAGUGGAGAAGAGGGCCGACUCGGGUAGAAGACACCGCCAGUUGCAUGAGUCCCAUCCUGCCCCACUUGUCGGACCUCGCCUCCCAUUUGGUCAACUCCUUGUCCCCUUUCCUGUCUGGAGCCAUGCACCCUCAGCGUCCUCUUCCCCAAGCCAUGCCCGCUUCUUCUUCGUCCUCCUCGCUGGGGCAGCAGCUCCGGAACAUGGCCAUGGGUCUGGGACGUGGCAAGAACUUCUUGGGCGGGAACGUGGCCUACGGAUUUGUGCAGUCUCUUAAGGAGUGCCUCUACUUCCUGCUGUGCUGCUGGUGCAUCAAGGAGAUCCUGGACUGAGGGUGUUCAUGGAGCGGGUUGCCUGUUUGACGCCGAUGACUGAUUCCUUUGUGAAAGAUGGAGCGUUCGACAAGGGAUGCUGGGAAAAAACGAUGGAUGCACUUCUUGGUUUGAUUAUGUUUGAUUUGGAAGGAUAUACAGGCACAAACACACCGUGGGUUCAUAAUAAAGGAUUUCAUCUUUA